AUGCCUCGGGAUCAAGACAAUAAUCACUCGCCCGCGCCCUUGGUCCAGGGCCAGCUUUCAUCAGAAAACGAUGGCCCGCGCAGGCGCGUGCCCGUUAAGCUGCGCGAAACCAGCCGCGCCGGCCAGUAUCUACUCACUACCGAGGAUUCGGAGAUGCUCCAGGAAAUUCUAGAUAUCCAUCUGGAGAAACUGGGCGCGUCCUCGGAGCGGCGCUUCCUCUUCCGUGACUUGAACUUCACGCGGCAGCUCAGCACCUUCGACCGCCAGAACCCCACGUUUACCUCGUCGCAGUUCCAUGGCUUCUUUGUCCUCUUCUGGCUGGGGGUGGUUCUUUUGUUGGUCAAGUUCGCGGCCAAUAACUGGCGGGUCUACGGCACGCUCUGGGGCAAGAAUGAGAUCGUGCGCCUCAUGUUCCGUAAAGAUGUCCUGGUCCUCGGAGUGACCGAUUUGGUGCUGUGCUGGUCCCCAACGAUCUGCCUGGUGCUGCAGUGGGCUGUGCUCAAGGGAUAUCUCCGCUGGAGCCGGAGUGGAUGGAUUGUUCAGAAUAUCUGGCAAGCAACAUACCUGGGUGUUGCCAUCUGGUGGACUUAUCAUCGCGAUUGGCCAUGGACGCACACCGUUUUCAUCGUUCUACACUCGUUGACAAUUUUAAUGAAACAGCACAGCUAUGCUUCCUAUAACGGCUACUUGUCGGAACUAUACAAAAAGCGAGAACUGCUCCAAGCAAGACUAAAGCGGCUGGAAGAACAGAGCCCGGAGAGCUCUGCAUCACAAGGCCAGGCGUCUGCCAUCCAGCAGACCGAUCUCCAGAACAUUGCGGUUCUCGAACAGGAGGACCAUCGCCGCCUGUCCAAACCCCCCAACUUGGAUCAAGAGCUCGUGUUGCUGGCUAAGACCAUGGAGACAGGGACCCCGCUGAAUCCACCCCAGGUGCAAUCGUUGACCAGGCUGCUCCGAUAUGAAAUUGAUCUACUAUCGGACGUGCUCAAGGGCAAAUGUUCCUUGACCAAGAACUAUUACCCGCGCAACCUGACUCUGAAAGACUUUUGCGACUUCAAUACGAUGCCUACUUUGGUUUAUGAGCUCGAGUAUCCGCGCACGGAGCGCAUUGACUGGCUCUACGUGGCGGAGAAGACGGCCGCCACGUUUGGCAUCAUCGUGGUGAUGAUUGCUGUGUCGCAGUCGUGGAUCUACCCCGUGGUCAUGUAUACCGUGCGCAUGAAGGAGUCUGGGAUGACAGUCCAGCAGCGGAUGCAGGAAUUCCCCUGGGUGCUCAGCGAUUUGUUGUUCCCGUUCAUGAUGGAGUAUCUCCUGACCUUCUAUCUGAUCUGGGAGUGUGUCCUCAACGCCGUCGCUGAAAUCACUCGUUUCGCGGACCGCGGGUUCUACGCGGCCUGGUGGAAUUCAACAUCGUUUGAUCAGUUUGCGCGCGACUGGAACCGCCCGGUGCACAACUUCCUGCUGCGGCAUGUCUACCACAGCUCCAUCAGCACGUUCCAGCUAUCGCGACUGUCCGCCAGUCUAGUGACGUUUCUUCUUUCCGCCUGUGUGCACGAGCUGAUCAUGCUGUGUCUGUUCCGGCGCCUCCGUGGCUACCUGCUCAUCCUCCAGAUGUGCCAAUUGCCCCUGGUAGCCCUGAGCCGCACCCGGCUCCUACGCGGCCGGCACCUGCUUGGAAAUGUGAUUUUCUGGUUAGGCAUCUUCACGGGGCCGAGUCUACUGUGCAGCCUCACGAAGGUGAAGCCCAGGGCCAGUUCCAACAGGUCGCCAAUGUCUUACAUUGCCCGCCCGGCGGAUGGCUCAACCAAGCGCGCCAUCCUGCUGCUCACCGAUGUGAUCGGCCACCGCUUCAUCAACGCCCAGCUGAUCGCCGACCAGCUGGCCGCGAAUGGCUUGUUCGUCGUCAUGCCUGAUCUGUUCCACGGUGACCCGGUCCCGCUGAACCGCCCGGCCGAUUUCGAUAUUAUGGCCUGGCUCAAGGGUCCCCCCGGCCACCUACCGGACCGCGUCGAGCCCGUGGUCAAGGGCGUGCUGAAGGAGAUGCGCGACAGCAUGGGCUGUGAGCGUGUCGGGGCUAUCGGCUACUGCUUUGGAGCCUGUUUGAUGUCGCCUAUGUUGCUCACCCCAGCUUCGUUGAGGCCGACGAGCUCAAAGCGAUCAAGGGUCCUCUGUCCAUUGCCGCUGCGGCGCCAUGAGUCGGAGGAGAUCCUGGCUAAGGUGGGCCAGCCCUACCAGAUCAAUUUGUUUUCUGGCGUGGAGCACGGUUUCGCCGUCCGCGCGGACAUUUCCAAGCCGGAAAUCAAGUUUGCCAAGGAGACCGCAUUUACGCAGGCCGUAACCUGGUUCAACCAGUACCUGUAG